AUGGAGAGCGGCGAGCUGGGCGGUGGGAAUGGUGGGAGGCCCGAGGAGUCCGGGCAGAACGGCCGGCCCGUGCUCAUCGCCUCGCUUCUGGUGUCGGCGCUGGUCUCUUCACGGGUGGCGGAGGAGGUCGCCGCACUGUGGGCAGGAGUGGCCGCCAACGGCUCCGAGCCCUUGGCGGACCCGCUGACUGCCUGCGGAUUUCACAACGCACGAAAGGGGCAUCAGCAGUCGCUGGAGAUGCACCAGAAUGCCGUCGCUUGGCGAUCAUCCGUCGGGCUGAGGAGCAUCAUGGAGGUGCACGGGGAGGGUGAGGAGUACGCCGAGGAUCGACGGCUGCAAGACCUCCGCGGCCGACAGCUGGAAGUGGCGUCGGCGGCCCACGAGGUCUGUAUCGAAGUUGGUGGCACGGCACGUCUCGUUCGCGAGAAUGCCCGUGUGUUCACCGGAUGGAGAGCCGGUCCUGGCCACGCGCUCAGCGAGGACUUCGAGCUGUUCAAACAACAGAAGCUCAAGGACCGGGUGCAGGAACAGGCACGCAGGAAGUUAGUCGAGAGAAGUGCGCGGGCGCAUCAGUCGAGGGUUGCCGCAGUAAGUGCAUGCCAGCAGAAUGUUUGUGGAGAUCGGCAUUGGGCGUGUUUGCCCAGCCAAGGGUAA